AUGAGGUCCGUUACUUUGAAAGAUGUUGAACAAGACAAGGUUGUCAAGACCCUUGCCUUCCAUUUGAAGAAAAUUGGUAAGAUAAAGCUACCUGAACACAUGGAUUUAGUUAAGACUGCUCGCUUUAAGGAGCUUGCUCCUUAUGACCCUGACUGGUUCUAUGUGAGGUGUGCUGCUGUACUGCGUCACAUAUACAUCAGGUCACCUGUUGGAGUUAAGACUGUCACUAAGAUCUUUGGUGGUCGCAAACGCAAUGGAGUUACUCCUUCACAUUUCUGCAGAUCAUCUGGAAGUAUUGCCCGUAAAGCUCUACAAGCCCUAGAAUCACUGAAGCUUGUGGAGAAGGUACAAGACGGUGGCCGCGUCCUCACAGUUCAGGGAAGACGUGACCUUGACAGAAUCGCCGCACAAGUUCGCCUUAAGGCCAAACAACAGGCUAAGCAACAAGUCAUCGUUCUGUAA